CUCGCAAUUACGUCCUCAUAAUGGGUGCCUGCUCUCUUCUGCUUUAUAACUUCACGUCUCGCGCCUCUGCAUCAACUCACUCUCAACUCAUCUCUGCCUCCAAUCUGCACAAACACUCAACACCGCCACCAUGAUCAUCGAUCCAGUCGACGUCUUGAAGAAGACCACCUCCGCCCAUCUCAUUCCCACGGCCGUGCCGACGAGCGUUCCGGGGCUUCCCCCAGUGCUUCCGGACCCCAUUGAAAAGCAAUUUGUCGGCGAAGAUGGCAAGAGGACGCUCUGGGUCGUCUUCGUGCUUAUGGUUAUUGCCUCGGCCGCCUUCGCUGCCAUGUCAUGGCGCGUCCCAGUUGCCAAACGGCUGUAUCAUGUUAUCACCACCAUCAUCACCAUCAUUGCCGCUAUCUCGUACUUUGCAAUGGCAACGGGCCAUGGCACUGCGAUCCACCACAUUCGCAUUCGCCACCAGAACGAUCACGUCCCGGAUACGUACACGGAUGUUCAACGCCAGGUCUUCUGGGCACGCUACGUUGAUUGGAGCUUGACAACGCCGCUCCUACUCCUCGAUCUUAGCUUGCUUGCGGGUCUCAAUGGCGCACACAUGCUGAUGGCCAUCGUGGCCGAUGUCAUCAUGAUCUUGACAGGUCUCUUUGCCGCGUUUGGCUCAGAAGGAACACCUCAGAAGUGGGGAUGGUAUGCUAUUGCUUGCAUUGCCUAUCUUGUCAUCAUCUGGCAUCUCGUCAUCAACGGACGAGCUCAAGCCAAGGUAAAGGGUGACAAGGUCGCAUCCUUCUUCGUGGCUAUUGCAGGCUUCACUCUUGUAGUAUGGACUGCCUAUCCCAUUAUCUGGGGCAUCGCUGAUGGCUCACGGAAAAUGUCCGUCGAUGGUGAGAUCAUCGCUUAUGCCGUUCUGGAUAUUCUGGCCAAGCCAGUUUUCGGCGCCUGGCUCCUUAUCACUCAUGCUAGAAUGCCAGAGACCAACGUCGACCUUGGUGGCUUCUGGUCAUAUGGGCUGAGUCGUGAGGGUGCUUUGCGCCUGGGUGACGAUGACGGAGCUUAAUUGCUCAAACCAAUCGUAGUGUCAUUCACUGACACGGAUUACACGGCCGAAAUUGCAAUACAUAAAGGAAGUGGGGGGGGGGGGGAUGAAAAAAAAAAGUGGCUUACGUUCCUUUAACAUAUUCAUUGCGCGUGGACUAUUUUUCCGAGAGCUGGCGUCUACGGGCAGUGUCCAUGCAUCUUCCUAGGAAUGGCUAAAAUGCGGGCGCAGGAUGGUAGGACCUCGUGCUGUUCAUUAAUGCAUAUAGCUCAUACUUCGUUAACUGCUUUCAACGCUACUACGACCAUGCUCGAUG